AAGAUGCGAUAACAGGAACAUGCGGUUUAUUAAUUAUUGUUUUCGGAAGCACGUUUAACACCAACAGAUACCCUAGGGCAUUUGUGUCCUGCACAUUUCUUUGAAAUAUCUUGUCGACUAUAAUUAAUUUUUUUUAAUCAACAUACAAAUAUUUAUUAGAAAUUGAUUAGAAAAGUAUAUGUAACUUAAUAUAAAUUUUAUAAAUUAAAUUAUAAAAGUGAUAAAAAACUAACGAUAAACACAAAUGGCAGUAUCCAGAAAUGGAAAAAAAGGGUCUAAGAAUACAUUAUAUCUUGCACUGACGUACGUCAGUUUUAUUACACUUUCGUGUCAAAUCUUUUUUAUAUUUACAAGAGAAAAAUUGUUUAACAACAUAUGAUUUUUGCUUUUAAAACAAAGAAAUAGUUUUCCGAAAGUAAUGCAUACAAUAGAUUAACGCAUUAUCUACCUUAUUUCUGUGCGCGAGUACCUAUAUUGCAUCAGUUUGCAAGUCAUUGAAACUGCGACGUUGCUAUGACUCGACUGUUUCUGCGAAUUCAAUUAUGCGAUAUGUUUUUGCGACCUCCAGGCGAGCCAAUCGGCGACGUCGUUGACGUGUCUUGGCCAAUCAACGAGCAUGCGCAACCCCUUCCACAUGCGACUGGUAUAAAAGCAGCUUCGAUGGGAGCUCCGCUCAAUACAGCUCAAUACAUCGAGAGUAAAGUUAGUGGUAUCACGAGUAUUCUCAGCGAAUCGUCUUACGUGAACUACAGACAGCUAUCGAACAAAAGGCGGAAUAAGAUCGCGAAAUUGCAUCGAUUGUUUUGGAUUUCGUAUUGGAUUGAUCCAUUAAAUAUCUCGUCAUCUAAUCUAAAUGGUCAGUUCGUCUUUUAUUAA